UGAAUUUGUACCAUAAAUAGUGCAAUGCCGUUUUCUUACAUGAUAUUUGGCGGAGAGUCAUGCCAAAAAAAAGUUAUUUGAUCGUUUUCUACACAACCCAUAUAAACCGCCACUCCCUUAAACAUGGACAAAAGAGAUAAUGGAGAUAGUUGUAAAUUCAUUCGUACCCUUUUUCUUCAUACACUAGCCUUAGAACAGUUCUUCAACUCAGUUAGACAAUAGACAUGAAAUACGUAGUAUUAAAUUACACGUGUUCUUCAUUUCUCUCAUCUACUAGUGUUUUUUUUACUCUAGGGGGGUCUGAGGGUGACUGGGGGAUCUGAAGUAAUCAGAACUGAAACUCAAUUCAUUGAAUUUUGAACCCGAGAUCUCCCGUAAGGGAGAGUGAGUCGGUAACCAGAUGGGCUGGACCGCUUCCUCUCUCAUCUAGCUAACUACAUCUAGAUCCUUUGGAUUCAUUCUUGAGCGAAGCUUACUUAUGUAGUUAUGUGGGUGUCCCCAAAUAGGAUUCUGGGGGAAUUUAAAGGAUUUUGGAUCUUAAGGAAUUGUUGGGAAUUCCCAAAACAUAUGUUCGAUUUUAAGGGAAUUGAAAUGGAUGGAAUUAUUAUUCGGGAGGGGAUUGGGGGAUGUUUGAAAGUGGUGGUAUUGGAAUCCAUUCAGGUCUUGGAAUCGGUGGAAGUGGAAACCAAUCAUAAAGAAACUAAAGGUAGGAGAGAAUUACAUUCAAACCGAAUAGGAAAGGUGAGAUUUUGGGUGGAAUUAUUUCCUUUUGAUUUUAGCCUUCAAUUCCUAUAAAUACUCCAAGCUCAUUCAUGUUAGUAUUCGUGAAUUAUCACCUUUCAAAUCUUAUCACAUUUGCCUUCUCCCUUGCUCAAGACUCGAUUCAGAAAUUGAAUCACUCGAACACCCCCAAUCGCCUCCACCCUGAGGUGAAAUCCAUCCAGACACAGUCCCAAUCGCCCACCUCCAACAGUUAAGCCGAGCGGAACUGACUACGCAAUUUUCCAAUCGAAGGUAUCAAUCACAGGCUUUCAGAUUCGAUCUAUAUCAGCACAUCCAGAAGCAUAAGCCAUGAAGAAGCAAACUAUGGAGAGCAGUGCGUGAUAAUGGUCGCUCUUCCACUAUCGCUCUAAAUCAUUUGCCGGGUAAAGAAAUGGCGCAAAUCGCCUAUCGGAAAAACUUAAGUAACUUUAUUGACUCUGCCAGUGAUUACCAAGUAUGAUGAAUGAUCAAAAUUCAUUCAUUUAAAAUAUUUACGGAAACUUGAUCUCAAUUUGGACGUUUUUAAGGGCAUCCCCAUUCAUGAGUUUAUUUGAAGAUUAAUUGGAUGAUGUGUAAGAUUAUUUUAAACAUUAUCAUUGUGAGUGAGAGAUUGUUUAAUGAGAUUAUUGAAAAAGAAAAUCCGGUAUCAAAAUUCCAAUCUCGGAUUAUUUUAGAUUGUAGUAAAAUUAC